CGGAGCGGCGGGCGCUCCCCGCGAGGGGAGUUGGGCGGCGGGCGCCGCGCGGGCUCCGGCUCCUCGCAGAUUUGCAACCAACAUAAUGCUGAAGCUCCCAAAUUGGAACAAGCGUUUCACAGAAUGGCACAAGCAGAACCUAAUCUGGACCAUGACAUAUCAUGGGUUCUCCUUCCGUCAUACUGGGCUAAAAUCGUUGUGGCAUUUAUUUCCUUCCUCUGUUUUGCUAACAGCUAUGAUGGAGAUUUUGUCUUUGAUGAUUCUGAAGCCAUCAUCAAUAAUAAGGACCUCAGGGCAGAAACCCCACUUGGUGACCUGUGGCAUCAUGACUUUUGGGGUAGCAAACUCAGCAGCAAUACCAGUCAUAAGUCAUAUCGACCACUGACUGUUCUGACUUUCAGAAUUAAUUACCUUUUUGCUGGAGGCUUCUACCCAGUUGGUUUCCAUGUCAUCAACAUAAUACUGCAUUGUAUUAUCUCCAUGCUGAUGGUUGAUGUGUUCUCAAUAUUAUUGGGUGGACUGCAAUUCACUAAUAAAGGAAGAAGGCUAAACCUGGCUCCAAAGACAUCUCUUCUAGCUGCUUUGCUGUUUGCUGUACAUCCAGUACACACCGAAUGUGUUGCAGGGAUUGUUGGCAGAGCAGACUUACUAUGUGCCCUGUUCUUUCUGUUGUCAUUCCUUGGCUACUGUAAAGCAUUUAGAGAAAAUAAGGAAGGACAUCAUUUUUCUGUAUUCUGGGUGCUGGUGAGUGUUCUCCUAGGUGCAGUAGCCAUGCUGUGCAAAGAACAAGGAAUUACGAUACUGGGUUUGAAUGCAGUGUUCGAUGCACUGGUGAUUAACAAGCUAAAUGUUUUGGAGUUCAUUCAAAAGUUACUACGUAAGGACAAGUUAUUGGAGAAUGCCGGGCUAUUAAGAAAGGGGCUGCUUUUCAGGAUAACUCUUCUGAUGUCUGGAGGGGCUAGUAUACUUUAUAUCCGCUGGAGGAUUAUGGGCACGGGGCCACCGGCUUUUACUGAAGUAGACAACCCAGCUUCAUUUGCAGAUAGUCUGUUUGUGAGAGCUAUAAACUAUAAUUACUACUAUUCACUGAAUGCAUGGUUGCUGUUAUGUCCCUGGUGGCUGUGUUUUGAUUGGUCAAUGGGCUGCAUACCCCUCAUUAAAUCCGUCAGCGACUGGAGGAUAAUUGCACUAGCAGCACUUUGGUUCUGCCUAAUUGGCCUGAUAUGCCAAGCUCUGUGCUCAGAAGACAGCCAUAAGAGAAGAAUUCUUACACUGGGACUUGGAUUUCUUAUUAUCCCUUUUCUUCCUGCAAGUAACCUGUUCUUCCGUGUAGGAUUUGUUGUUGCAGAGAGAGUCAUCUACCUCCCCAGUAUUGGCUAUUGUAUUCUGUUUACAUACGGAUUUACUCUCUUGAGUAAGCAAGCCAAGAAAAAGAAAAUUCUUGCUGUCGCAGUACUUGGAAUCUUACUGAUAAACGUUAUGCGCUGUGCGCUCCGCAGCAGUCAGUGGAGGUCAGAAGAACAGCUUUUUAGGAGUGCGCUGUCUGUGUGCCCUCUAAAUGCAAAAGUGCACUACAAUGUUGGCAAAAACCUGGCUGACAAGGGAAAUCAAAGUGCUGCAAUCAAAUACUACAGAGAAGCUGUAAGGUUGAAUCCUAAAUAUGUACAUGCCAUGAACAACCUUGGAAAUAUUCUGAAAGAAAGAAAUGAGCUCCAGGAAGCAGAAGAGUUGCUGUCCUUAGCUGUACAAAUACAACCUGAUUUUGCUGCUGCAUGGAUGAAUCUAGGAAUAGUACAGAACAGUUUAAGAAGGUUUGAAGAGGCAGAGCAAAGCUACUGGACAGCAAUUAAACACAGGAAAAAAUAUCCAGAUUGUUACUACAAUUUAGGGCGGUUGUAUGCAGAUUUGAAUCGCCAUAUAGAUGCAUUGAAUGCAUGGAGGAAUGCUACAGUUCUGAAACCAGAGCAUAGCUUGGCUUGGAACAAUAUGAUUAUAUUACUUGAUAACACAGGCAAUCUAGCUCAAGCAGAAGCAGUUGGAAGAGAGGCACUGGAGUUAAUACCUAAUGAUCAUUCCCUUAUGUUUUCUUUGGCAAAUGUACUGGGGAAAUCACAAAAAUAUAAGGAAUCUGAAGCUUUGUUCCUCAAGGCAAUUAAAGCCAAUCCAAAUGCUGCCAGUUAUCACGGUAAUUUGGCUGUGCUUUAUCAUCGCUGGGGAAAUCUUGACUUAGCAAAGAAGCACUAUGAAGUCUCUCUGAAGCUUGAUCCUAUGGCACCCGGGACCAAGGAAAACUACAACCUCUUAAGAAGAAAAUUGGAGCAAUUGCAGAAGAAAGGCGGUGCCUGAUGUUUCUUUUCAGGUUGUCCGUGCAUGCUGUUUACUGUUAAUGUUACAUGGUUACUUUUGACCAUGUAAAGGAUUCAGUCGUUGUUUCUCAAACAUAACACCACCACCAGCAAUGCACAUUUGAAUGUCCAAUUAUGCCCUCCUACAGAUUCGAACAUUUCAGCUGGAGUUUGGAGGAUCUUUUUAUUUUUUUCUCCUGAACUGCUUUUAAAGUCCCUUAGAACACUUUUAUAGGUAUACGAAAGCGAUGCAGAUGGAUUCACAGAUGUGAAUAAAUAGCAAUAUUUGCUUUCACUUGCAAUUUGAUAUCUUCGUCUGACUUUUUAGUAGCAGGAUGAAUAUCAGAAGGCAGUUUUAUUUCUGAAAGUGUUUCUGGAAAAAGUGCAAUUUCCUGCUUAAACCCUGAUCUUUUCAAGUAUGAAGAAUACCUGUCCACUUCAGUUUUAUUACUGCUUUCUACUGCCAGUCCUGCAGAGACAGUGGAAGAAUGGAUUCUCUCCAGCACAUCAGUCUGCUCUUGUAAUCUGAGUAACGCCCUUGUUCUUGUUUCUGGCUCCACCAUUUGAAGUGUAGGAUUUGUACAGGUGUAAAUGAGCACUGUAAAAGGUUUGUCAGCCAGUAUACUGCUGAGGUAUGCUUGAGUGAAGAAAGUACUCCUAGAUUUAAGGCAAAGAUUUUAGCAAGCAGCAAAGGGACGAGAACAAAGUUUAAAAUGACGGAGGGGUAAGGUAGAGUUUCUGUUCUUGCAGGCCAGCCUCAUCUAGUAUAGACAGCAUGGGCCACAAAUCAGCUCUCAAAGCCAGUCAGUGGUCUAAACACAGUAUAGCGUCUAUAGGAGCUAAUUCCUGUGGCUAUAGGCACUGCAGUGCUUUCUGGUUAAGGACAUAACUUUUGGCUCCUACAUUGUUGGUAAAUAGAGAAUUUCUGUGAAAAAGUAACUGGGCAAACAACCUGACCGUGGCUAUUGAGGUAUGAACUGGAAGGAACUCUGAUUCCAUUUUUGUCUCCCAUGGCUCAUGAGCUUGCGAAAGAGACAGUUAAAUAAGCAUAACUGUUAAUGUGUAAACUGAUCACAUUGAUGCGGGAUGAUUCAGAGGUGGUACCCAUUGAUAACAGUGUCACUUUUCAAAAUGUGUUAUGCUUUAAUACAUGUUUAAACUCUGGCUGUCCAAAGUUGUUUGUCUUGUGCCAGUAUUUACAAUCCUGCUUCAGGAAAUCAUCACAUGUCUAUUUUCUUAUUUGUUUUCUUGUUUGCUUGUUGUAUUCAAGAUUGGAAGAUUGCUAUCAGAUGUGAAAACCAUGGAAUUUAGCCUCUCUUUUUGCAUUCCUUGGUUCUUUUUUCCCCUCAUAGGAAGACAUUGAUCAAUACAGUGUUUGCAGCUUUCCUAAUGAGUCCAAUGAUUAUGUUAUAGGAGACUGUGGAAUGUUCCUCAUACAUAACUCAUCUAUGUGUGGAACCAUUUAAAAUGUUGAGGGAAAGCCUGCCAUAGGGACAGUAUGUCGCGUGACCUUGCCAUCUGACUACCAUAUUCUACAUCUGUGUCUUGAACCUAUAAUAGGCUAAUUUUAAAUUUGUUUGGAAAUGACAAUUGCUUCAAGAACCAAGUGUGUCUACAGAGCACAAUACAAUACUGCAGAGCUACCCAAGCAUCCUCUGACAAAGCUUGUUUGGUAAAGUAAUGUAAUAUUCUUUCCAGACUAACUAUAAAUCAAGACAGCAAGGCUGGCAAUGGAAUACUGUCCACAAAUUUGGCUCUGAAUGAAUGAAUAUGCUUGCAUUGCACAUACCCAAAUCGUAUGUUGUCAUACUAAUUUUAGUUGAGGUACCAGAAGAAUAUAUUUUUAUUUGUGCAGCGUUCUGCUAAUAUGCCGUAUCUCUCAGCAGGGCUGAUUGGUUCCUGUAGGGCCCCAAGUCAAUGCAUUGUAUCCACUUCUUCUGGUUUCCAGAGAGAAGUUUCAGAAAGCAGUUUCUGAAUGUCUUUAUAGGAUAUAAACAUGCUUUUUGGUAAGUAUCCAUACUGAUCCAGCAGGACACUGCACCAGUAUGGCUAGUCACCUUCUGAUAACCAGUAUAGUUCAGUCAGGACCAACUUUUGUACCCAAAAUGUGCUGAAAUAGAUACACUGUUCAGUACAAACAGCACACUUUGAUGGCCUGGUAUGCAUCAGAUAUAGAGAACAUGUAACUACUUUAGUCAUGAGGUAUUAAAGGGCUGGGAUCUGGCUGGAUGUGCUAGUUUAUAACAGAAAAUAGAUGUUUAAUAUAAUCAGGUCUUUUCUGUAUAUUUGGAAUAUGACAUAUUGAGUUUAAAUUAUUAUUCUCAUCAUAAAGUUCAUAUGUAUAUUUGUGCCUGUUGGCUGCCAGGUUAGAGUUACAGAAAUCCAGUAGAUCAAUAUUACAUAUGGGGUAUGAAUUCUCUCUAGCUCAUUACAAACCGAAGUUGUUGCAGAAAUUCCUCUGAGGAAAUCAGUUUGUCCUACUCAUGAGUCGUAAACGGUAGCAAUAUGCCAACAAGCUGAAUACCUUGUUGGCAUUUGAAAAUGGUGUUUACUCUUCAAUACAGACAAUGUGAUUCAUUCUCAAUUGGGUCUUGGACACCUAUUGUGUUACUGUGGGGGGUGGGGGUAUUUGUUUUAUAUCAUUUUUAGUGCUAUAGAAAUUCAGUGUAAUUACUGGUAUGAUGGUAAUAAGGAUACACUUAUGAUUGUGCAUAAUGUUGACGCAUUAAUUGGGUUCAAAAGAAGCAACAACUGCUUUUUUCCAUUAAAAUUUUUUUAAGACUUUCAGAAUGCUGAAUCCUAAGAAUGCUAAGGUUUGUUUUUUUUUACUUUAUCUUAGAAUUAUUUUGAGAAUGAAAGUAAUACAGUGAGCUUUAUUGAAAUGUUUAUAUUAUUAUCCUUUUUCUUUUUUUCUUGUACCUCAUAACUGACUCCUGGAAUAGUGCAAACCAGCCACCCUGGAUAAAAAGAAAGGUAUAGAAAAGUGUCUGAUUCUGUAGUAAAAUGAAGAAAUAUGGAUACUUUUUUUCCCCCCAAAGCUUGCUUGUUCAAAUACAGUUCUGAAGAGAGAAAUACGGAAUGAUUCAAUGCACAGAAUGGAGUCAGAAAAAUGUUCACACUGCUAUAGAUAACAGCCUCUUUUCACCAAAAACUUUCAGGAGAGUUCCCAUACUGUAUGUUUCUCUCAUGUUUAGAACAAUGUCAUGUACAUGAAGUUUCCUGUUGUUUAAUUUCACACUUAUGACUUAGAGAUGUGGAUUGUGUGUGUAUGAGCGCUCAGAAAUAAAAAUCUUUUCUUUGUUAAAACUA